UACACGUGCUAGUUAUGCGAAAGAAUUAAACUUGAGAUGGUUUUCAUCAUCUCCUCCAUGUAUAUUUCUUCAUCCUUCCCUUCUCAAUCUGCGCUUCACUACGCAUGAUGAGUGACCCCAACUCCCCAUCUCCUGCUGAAGUAGAGAAUCUCAUUGUUCUUUUCAUGGGCUUCGCGUUUGCAACAUUUUUAUACGGCUUGACGUUCUUUCAGAGCUACAUUUAUCAUUCUCGAUACUCCAAUGAUUAUACGUGGACAAGAGUCUUGGUUGGGGCACUAUUUGUCCUAGAUACGGCUUCAACUGCCCUAGUAUCUUACCUAUUAUAUCACUACCUGAUAACGAUGUUCGACGUGAACAUCGAGGUCCUAGAUGCCACGCCAGCUUUCUGCAUACAAGAUGUUCUUUCGGUCAUUCUCACUUUGAUCGCACAGUUAUUCUUUGUUGGUCGACUUUACACCGUUUGUGGUGGUCCUGCAAGUACCACGUCAAGAUUCGUCACUACGGCAGUGUUAUUUUUUGCCUUCGUCGCCUUUGUUUUCGGCCUGACUUCAGUAGGGCAAAUCUUCCAGCAAAGGCAACUAUCUGCACUAACUUUGCCUCUUGUGGGAGCUGUCGCCGGUAUCAGCCAAGGCUUCGCGGCAGUCGCAAAUAUUAUCAUUUUCGUUGCGAUGUGUUGGUCGUUGCGUCCAGCACGUUAUCCAGACAUGCUCGUGCCUGAGGGAGUGCUGGACAAUGUUGUUGUGCUAUUUACUGGCCGUGGCCUGGCACUCGCCGUCACUCAGCUAGCCUACUUUGGCACAUUUGUUUCCUCACCAGGAAAACCAUACUGGAUAGCGGUCCAGAUGGUAACAUGCAGGAUCUGUGUCAAUACUAUCUUGGGACUGUUAAAUGCCCGAGAAGUUAAAGGCGGCGUAGGUCUCAAUGAAGAAGAGACAUUCUCCGACCACCACGAUUCACAAAACGAUGGUUUGCCAAGUGCCAUCCGCUUCCGCAUGCCAUUGAGCACAAAGGCAACACAACAGUCAUUGAACUUUUCAUCACAUAGGGGGGACAGCAGGGGUAGUGAAAUUGAGGACGCAAGCAAAUCAUAUGCAGAUGGCGAAGACUUGGCCUCCAUUCGUUCUCAUUGUAGUGAACAGCCUGCAUAUGACAAGGCAAGUUUGUCAUGAUGCUGAGUCUGAUUCGCCGGCUGCAUGCUUAUCAAUAUCGUUGUACUAAUGAUCGCUAUCUACUGCACUCGCUUUGCUCGCUAUCGCCCCCCACCCAAGUUGUAUUAUAUUGCUGUUCAUGCUGGAGUCUUGAAGCAAUGCACCGCGGAUCUACUAGAUCAGUCCCUGCAUCUUGAGCUUAGACCCAGAGGACAUGUGUUAUAUCACGGACUAACGAAUACAUAGCAUAUCGCACACAUUGUACGUACUGUCUACACCGAUAUAAUUUUGGGAAAUCAAAUUGAAGUCCCUCAGAACCGCGUA